AUGGAAAAUAAGGUUCAAUCAAGUGUCAAUAUAGUAAAACCUUCCUAUAUAGUAAUCGAAAUUGAUAUUCCAUCGGAAUUCUUUAAAGUUGUACCUGUGGGCCCCAGUAGAAGUCAUACAUAUCACCUUCAUGCAAGUAAACAAGGUUCUGUUGGAAUAAAGGCUUCUUUACUUAGAGUUUUUGAUAAUAAUUCAAAGAAAUAUAAAUAUUUAGAAGACCUAAUUACAUUCAAAAAAAGGUUUCAAUAG